AUGCUGAACAGAAAAUAUUAUGACUGUCUUACCACUGCUAAGAAAAAUAAACUCGAUAAGCUGAAACGUGCAAGGAAGUCGUCUACCGCUACUAACAGCUCACCUGAUACAUCUAAGCUAGUUGUGACCAUUCCAUCGGAUCUUGAACUAAUUGCUGAAGAAAGGUCUGUGCUCUCUAAAGGUCUGUCAUUUGUUCCUAAACGCGAAACUAUUGAUGAAUUUCAAGUUAAGUAUGAUCUGGAACAGUACUACCGUAAACUGCGACUUAAAGCACACUUUCAUAACCAGGACACUCUAACUAAUAAAACGGAUGAAUUCACUUGCCUAGUUUCCAAUAACUCCAAUUGGACUCCACCUCUAGGAAAAUUCGCUGCUUUGGAUCUGUACAUCAACAAAUGCCGUCAUGACAUCAAUAACUUAAACCUGAAACGCCAUGUCAGAAGCAAGAACCUCAGCCGUGGAGAACUAAAUGCAUUGCGCUCUCUGAAAAACAACCACAAUCUGAAUAUUAAACCUGCUGACAAGGGAGGUGCUACAGUCGUAUGGCAAAAAGACCUCUACAUCGCUGAAGGACUACGACAGUUAUCGGACGCUACCACUUAUGAACAGACACCCACAGAUACUACAGCCGAAGAUCAACUUCGUGUCAGUACCACCAUUAACAACUUGAUAAAAGAAGGUGAGCUGCCUCCUAAUGCCAAGUGCCUGAUCAAUUCUAACCCCACUUGCGCACGCUUCUACAUGCUACCGAAAAUACAUAAGACCGAUACUCCUGGUCGACCUAUUGUGUCCUGCUGUAAUUGCCCCACUGUUAUCAUCAGCGAGUUCUUGGAUAAUGUUCUUAGCCCUAUGGUUCAGCGACUGCCUACGUACAUUAAAGACAGCAAGGAAGCACUCGUGCUAUUUGAUCAAUUUCAAUUUUCUGGCGACCAUCGUCUUAUAUUUACUAUGAAUGUUACAUCUUUAUAUACCAGCAUACCCAUAUCGGAUGGCCUUACUGCUCUUAAGUACUUUUUGGAGUCAGAUAAUCCUACAUCACAUGCCACAUCUACUCUUAUCCGCCUUGCUGAAUUAGUUUUGACCACCGCUUCGUUCACCUUUAAUGGAUCAUACUACCGACAACUUACUGGAGUCAGUAUGGGUACUCGCAUGGGAACCAGUUUUGCAUGUUUGUUUAUGGGUUAUCUGGAGCAACAAAUAUUCAAUGAAUACGACGGUACCAAACCUUUGCUUUUCAAACGCUACAUCGACGAUUGUGUGGGAGCUGCAUCUUGCUCAUAUGACGAGCUAACCAAUUUCAUUAAUUACAUGAAUUCCUUUCACCCAGCUAUCAAGUUCACCCACGAGAUCUCAUACACCAAUGUCACAUUUUUGGAUAUCGAUGUUAGCAUCAAGGGCUCUACAUUAUCAACUUCCGUCUACUAUAAACCUACAGAUGCACACACCUAUUUGAAUUAUGAGUCAUCACACCCACCCAAAUGCAAAGACUCUAUCCCUUACUCACAAUUAGUUCGACUCAGAAGAAUCUGUAAACAAGACGACGACUUUAAAACACGCGCCAAAGAAAUGAUGUCCUUCUUUUCCAAUAGAGGAUAUCCCACCAACAUCACCGACGGCUGCCUCAACAAAAUUAACAAGAUGACACGGGAAAUUGCACUCCAACCCCGGGAAAGCGCUACAUCUACCGAUAGAAUACCGCUAGUCCUCACCUAUCACCCAAUAGCAAAACAAGUUGCUGAAGUAAUAACCAGGAACUUUGAAAUUUUAUCAUCAGACCAAGCCACAAGUAAUGUGUUCACAUCACCACCUAUGCACGCCUACCGCCGAGAUAAAAAUUUUAAGGAGACUCUUGUUCAUUCCAAUGUUAAAUCCACACAUAACCCACCUCCUAUUGGAUCUACUACCUGUCUCUUAUACACAUCUAGAUGUGUAUAA